CUCUCUCUCUCUCUCUCUCUCUCACACACACACACUCUGAAAAGUCUUCUGUCAUGGGGUUCUGUACCCAUUGCAGCCGGUGCCAAAGUCUCUUGCUUUCUUUAUCUUAAAAUUAAAAAAAAGCAACUGAUAUUUGUUUUUUUCCUAAAAUAACUAUGUAAUCAAUGCAUUAUUAUAUAAGCAACACAUUUUUUCUGAAAUCUGCAACCUGAACUGUGCAUUGAAGAAACAAUACAUUUCUUUCGUGGUUUAGUGUUGCUGUACAGAAGCAAAUACAAGAAACAAGCAGGACCAGAACACUUCUACACCCCAACCCACCUCCAAGGAUGCUCCCAGAAACCUGCAUUUUCUUGUUUUGCUUCUUGAUUUGUGUUCCUUCUUUGAUUAAAGCAGCUACAAGUUUGAAUCUCACUCUCCCAAGUCAACACCCCAACCCUGAAGCUGUGGCUCAAGAAGUACAGAGGAGUGUCAAUGUAUCCAUAUCAAGAAGGGAUUUGCUAUCCACCUCAAUGAACGAUCAGUCCCAAUGUCUCACAGGUAAUCCAAUAGAUGACUGUUGGAGGUGUGACUCCAACUGGGCCAACAACCGCCAACGCCUAGCGGACUGUGCCAUUGGCUUUGGCCAGGGUGCAUUGGGAGGCAAAGGCGGCCAGAUAUACGUAGUAAACGACUCCUCGGACCGUGACACAGUCAACCCCACCCCAGGCACCCUUCGUCAUGCGGUCAUCCAAGAUGAACCUCUAUGGAUAGUUUUCCAGUCGAACAUGGUUAUUAAGCUCAAACACGAGCUCAUUAUUAACAGUUACAAGACGAUUGAUGGCCGUGGUGCGAAUGUACAGAUAACAGGCAAUGGCUGCUUAACUUUGCAGUAUGUUAGCAAUGUGAUAAUUCACAAUGUGCACAUUUAUGAUUGUAGGCCCUCCGGGGACACUAACAUUAGGUCAAGUCCAACACAUUUUGGAUAUAGAAGCAAAUCGGAUGGUGAUGGGAUAUCCAUUUUCGGGUCGAGGAAUAUUUGGAUUGAUCAUUGUGCUUUGUCCCAUUGUACUGACGGCUUGGUUGAUGCCAUCAUGGGAUCCACUGCUAUAACCAUUUCUAAUAGCUAUUUUUCUUACCAUGACGAAGUCAUGCUCUUAGGACAUGACGACAAAUACUUGCCUGACUCUGGAAUGCAGGUGACAAUAGCUUUCAAUUACUUUGGGGAAGGUUUGGUGCAGAGGAUGCCAAGAUGUAGGAGAGGUUACAUUCACGUGGUGAACAACGAUAUUACUGAAUGGAAGAUGUAUGCUAUUGGUGGAAGUGGUAAUCCAACCAUUAAUAGUCAGGGGAAUCGCUACACAGCACCAUCUGAUCCAAGUGCUAAGGAGGUGACCAAGCGAUGCGACACGGACGAGGGUCAGUGGAGCAAUUGGAAUUGGCGAACAGACGGAGACGUAAUGGUAAAUGGUGCAUUCUUUGUGCCUUCAGGUGGAGGGUUCAGCACCCAGUAUGCGAAGGCCUCCAGUGUUGAGCCCAAAUCCUCCGUCCUCAUUGACCGUCUAACGAUAAACGCCGGUGUCCUUGGUGGGCCAAGGGACAAUAGUUUUAUCAUGCACGGUAGCAGCACCACCACCACUGGCGGAAGCAGUAACGGUGGCGGAGAUGGUGACUUUUUUGGAAUGAUGUUCGGAAGCGGUGGAGCCUCAACACAAUUAUCUCCAUCCACCACCCUCUUUUUCUCUCUUCUAAUUUUGUACCUUACCACCAAACAUGGUGGUUUACUAUAACUCCCAUCAUUAUUUAUAUAAAAUUGAAAGGAAAAGGUUGAACUUUCA